ACGGCUGGGAUUGUGGGAGAGAACAGGAGCAGACCUCAACAACAUCAUCACCAGUCACUUUCAGUUCAGUCCUUCCUGCCUUUAUCCCCCAAACACCCGAGAAGACUAAAGCAGGCGCAUCUAUCUGCUUAAAAGACACUGUACUUGGUUUCGUGUCAGACAGAAGACUGUCUAGUUUCGUUGCCAUUGUGAGUUUGCGCUCCUACGUUGUACGCGGCGUUUCGCGUUUGUCCUCCUGGAUUUUAAGUGACUUUUCGCGAAGUCCUCCAGCGCAGUCGCCUUUCACCAGUCAAGAAAAAACAAAUCGGCUGAAGUAGAUGACUUUUAACGGACAGAACACAUGCAUAAUAAAACGUGGAAGCUGGAAAUUGUGAAUUGACUUGAGCAAGUACAGUAAAGAAAGUGUGUUCUGAGGAUAGCCGGAAAGAGUGAACGAGGCAAAUAAAGGAGGAGAGAAGAAAAGAAGGAAAGAUGGGGAGAAAAAAGAUUCAGAUUACACGGAUUAUGGAUGAACGCAACAGACAGGUGACGUUUACAAAAAGGAAGUUUGGACUGAUGAAGAAGGCCUAUGAGCUGAGUGUCUUAUGUGACUGUGAGAUCGCCCUUAUCAUCUUCAACAGCACUAACAAACUGUUCCAGUAUGCCAGCACUGACAUGGACAAAGUGCUAUUGAAAUACACUGAGUACAAUGAGCCACACGAGAGUCGAACAAACUCAGACAUCGUCGAGACCUUGAGAAAAAAGGGCUUAAAUGGCUGUGACAGUCCCGACCCUGAUGCUGACGACUCGCUGGGCCACAGCCCUGAGUCCGAGGACAAGUACAGGAAAAUUAAUGAAGACAUUGAUCUGAUGAUCAGCAGGCAGAGACUGUGUGCGUUGAGCAAGAAGGAAAACAAAGGUUGCGAAAGCCCAGAGCUCGACUCCUCUUUCGCUCUCACCCCACGCACUGAGGAGAAAUACAAACAGAUUAAUGAAGAGUUUGAUAAUAUGAUCAAGACUCAUAAAAUACCUCAGACUGUCCCCCCUUCAAACUACGAAAUGCCGGUCUCCAUUCCAGUGAGUAACCCCAACAGCCUGAUCUACAGCCAUCAAGGUGGGUCUCUUGGCAACCACAACCUCUUGCCCCUGAGCCAUCACUCACUGCAGCGGAAUAGCAUGUCACCAGGAGUCACGCACCGGCCACCCAGUGCAGGGAGCACAGGUGGCCUUAUGGGUGCUGACCUCACAGCUGGUGCAGGCACCAGUGCUGGCAAUGGUUAUGGAAACCACCGCAACUCCCCCGGUCUGCUGGUCUCUCCAGGGAACAUGAACAAAAGCAUGCAGACCAAGUCCCCCCCACCCAUGAACCUGGGAAUGAACAACCGCAAGCCUGACCUGCGCGUGCUGAUCCCUCCAGGCUCCAAAAACACCAUGCCCUCCAUAAACCAGAGAAUAAACAACUCACAGUCAGCACAAUCACUGGCUACCCCUGUGGUGUCUGUAGCAACACCCACUUUACCAGGACAAGGAAUGGGAGGCUACCCAUCAGCAGUAUCCACUACGUAUGGUACUGAAUACUCCCUCAGCAGUGCAGACUUGUCAUCGCUGUCAGGCUUCAACAGUGCCAACACCCUGCACCUGGGCUCCAUGACAGGCUGGCAGCAGCAACACCUGCAGAAUAUGCAGCACUCUGCGCUAAGCCAGCUAGGAAAUUGCACUAGCACUCACUUAUGUCAGAGUUCAAAUCUCUCCCUGCCCUCUGCUCAAAGCCUGCACAUCAAGUCCGAACCUAUUUCUCCUCCUAGAGAUCGCAUCAGCAGCACCCCAGUGGGGUACCCGCUGCAGCAGCCCCAGUCCCGCCAGGACUCGGGCCGCUCACCAGUCGACAGUCUCAGCAGCUGCAGCAGCUCGCACGAGGGCAGCGACCGAGACGAGCACAGGAAUGAGUUCCACUCGCCCCUGGGACUGGUGCGGCCAUCUCUGGAUGAGCGAGAGAGCCCCUCGGUCAAACGAGUGCGCCUGUCAGAGGGCUGGGCCACAUGAUUCACCCCCUAUUGCCUGACCGCGAGUGCGAUACCGCUCUUAUGCCCAGGAGCGUCCCCUGCCCCCCCCCUUUUUUAAAUUCAACUUUAAUAUAUUGUUUUUUUUUUUUUUUUUUGCGGAGUGAGUGUGCUAUAUGUAUUAAAGUAUAUAUAUAAGUGGUCAGGGUGCCUGGAAAGGUAGUGAAAUCGGGGAGAGGGGAGUAAGGGCUGGAUGGGGUGUUCUGGCAAAAAAUUAUGCAUUACUUCUUGCCGUGUGUGAAAAUAUACAUGUCUAUGCAUAUAUAAGUAGACACUUACAUAUAUGCCUACUUAUAUAUGUGUAUAUGUUGUGUAUAUAUAUUUACAGUAAAGUCAGGUACUCUGUUUUAUAAAAGUACUUACAACUUGCCUCAGUGAAAAUAAAGUUUAAGCAUAUAUUGCUAAGAGUACAGCCUAGCACUUAAGCUGUAUCAGUAAUACACGUGUACAGGUUAGGUUUUAUCAAUCCCUUCUGUACUCCUUUGCAAAAUGUAAGUUACAGUAGAUGAUGUCAUGUUGCAGGUUCAACGUAUUUAUGUAAAUAUAGGUUUGGGAAGGGAGGGUGUGGGCAAAUGCUGUCAGACUUCUCAGAUAAAUUGCUAAUAAAAAUGGAUGCUGUUAUGCAACAUUAGAAGGAUUGUACAGGAACACCUGCAGACCCGUAAAAAAAGGUGGCAGAGACAUAUGACAGAUGGAGUCAAUGGAAAAUAUGUUCCUCUCGAUGUGUUGUGCAUACAAAUGCCAGGACUUAAACGCAUUCAGUUAAAAGCAGAUCGUACUUUAAAAGCCAUGUUAGUUAACUAAGACAAAUUGGGGUCUUGCAUUAUAUAUUAGAACAUAAAAAAAUGUAAGAUACAUUUGCUUAUAUUUUCAUAUAAAAUGAAUAAAAUGCUAAGCUUUUGUGUCUUUUUGUAGCCAAAAUGUUUUGAUAGUUUUUCCAAUAUUGAAAGAGGUAGAAACAUAAGAACUAAAAGAAAAUAAAAAAUGGGCUUUUCACCAAAGCCAUGGAAACAGUUACUAAAAUUUAUGCUUUGAUAGACUAUUUUGUCUUUGUAGAGGUUUUUCAUUCAUUGUGUAUUUCUGAUUAUAUAUAUGAUACUAAGAAUCUGUGAAAUGUUCAUGCUGUGUAUAGCUUUGAUUAUACAUACAUAUAUAUAAUUUAUAUAAAUAUAUAGAUUAUAUAUAUGUAGGUAUAGCAAAUGUUUUUCUCUAAUAGUUGGUUUGUACGUGCAGUUGCACAUUUUCUCUGCGCUAUAUUGUUUGUUUUCAUUUUUUUUUCCUGAACAAAACAUGGGUGUAGUUAACUUAACGUUAACUUAAUGAAACAUUUGGAGUGAUUGGCCCAUAUAUAUUUAAAAGGAAAAGAAAUACCUCUUCCAAUGUGACAACCAUUGAAGACAUUGAAUUUACAUACUGCAGUUAUUAUUUAUACCCAAGUGGUACAAAUUUCUGUUGUUCAGCAGGCAAUCUGUCAAGUGUUUAAAAAAAGUAUUAAAAGACAUUUUGUCACUUUUUAAAGAAAAUUUUGUACUAAUAUAUAUGGUAAUUAGUCUAUUUUCAUCUAUAUUUAACAUGUACCUUAAGAGGUGUUGUGUGUGUUUUUGACCAUCUUCUGGAUGGUUGUUACCUUGUUUUCUUCCAUUUCGGGUGGGAACUGAGCUAACAAGAGCAUGAAACACAAAAGCUGGUUAAAACGAAGCACAACUUGCUUUUCUUUCUGUUUUGCGAUGUGUCUCACUUUGUUUCUGCCUCCUGUUUCAAUCUGCUAUUACUCAAAUUUUUACAGUAUUACUGUGUGCAGUUACUAUGAAGUUACAAGAUUAUUACAACAUACGUGUAAUUAGCAUAUGGGGCAGAGACCCAGAUUUUUUUCUUUUUUUGUUAUUCAUCAACUAUGAAUUCAGGCAAGUUAUGAUGUCAAACCAAAGCCAGUGGCAUUGCCGUUAUUUUGAACAUCAAUUUUAUAUGAAUUCAUAGUGAAACUGGCAUGAAAUUAAGGAACGUUUGUACUGAAAUGCGUAUAUGUUGCACACGUACAAUCUGAGGAAUCCAUUGCACGUCCACCUUGAAUGAAUCGAAAAAAAUCAAUUAAAUCAAAUCCUGAAGAGUAGAAUAACAUGCAUCCAUACAAAUCCCAACUUAUUCUUGCUCAGAAAUUCACGGCACAGUAGCUAAAAUAUGUUGAUUCCUUUGUGAUAAGAAAGUUCUAAAAUGGCUGCAUUCAUACUCUGCUACGUCUGUAUCCCGUGUCUCAAAAUAAAAAUUUUGAACCCAGUUGUGAAGUGUACAAUAAGUACACGUAAUUUUAAAGCACAAGUUAUCAGACAUGAAAUUCAUUUCCUUCUAAUGUAUAUUUAUCAAUCUAACUGGGUUUCUGUGACUUCUGGGCUUCUGCUCGUGCCGCUUUCUUGCUUGUGUCCACUCUGAUUUUCUGUAAAAUUUUCAAUCAUGGUUCUGGAGUAAUCACUGGGAUUGCUGGUUUUAAAUGAAGAGUUCCUCAAAAAAUUUGGGUAAUGGCUUUUCAUAUUUUUUUUAACCAAAGACACAAAGCAAUCUUUUUUUCUUAUGGUAGUAUUUUGGGGAAUUGGGGUUAAUUCGGUGUUUUUCACUGAUACAGUGUGUAAAGAAAUUACCUGGUUUUGUUCUGUAAGGUGCAGGUACCUCAAAUUGACCCAACCAGUACCUCAAAUAAUCUAUGAAUGAGUCUGUUUGAUGAGAGAGGGUGUAAGAUGACCCAAUUGCAUGUCAAAAAAGAGAGUGUAAAACACAUUGUGUUGGUCUGGCAUACAUUGUAUAAUCAAAAUGAGACACUCUUGUUGUUCCAUCUGGUUUGCUGUUUUCUUUUUUCUGAAUAAGUUGUUACCAUUAAAAAUAAAUAUAUUAAUAAAAUAUACAAAAAAACAGUAACAGAUGUAGCUUGUAUAAAACUAAAAAGGGGAAUGUUUAAAGUCAAAAGUAAAAGAGGCUCACAGCGGCAUAAGCUGGACUUUGUCGCCACUUGAAGACAAGAUGUUAUUAAAUUAAACCACAUCUCUGUAUCUCAAGGGACUUCAUUCAGCUGUAUGUAGUGACAAAAUGGAAAUUAAAUAAAGUUUCUCCUGCUGGAAAAAGGUAUUUGUAUUUUGCAGAGAAUUCAGUAAAGUUACUGGCUUUCUUAGUUA